CCCGGCUCCCCGCUCCCCGCGCGCGGAUCAUGGAGUGAGGGGGCGGGCGGCCCCGCGACGCGCUCCCGCAGCCGGCGAGGCCGGAGCCAGACCGGGUGGCCUCACCAGCCGGCGGAGUUGGCCAGCGGCGGGCCCUCCUCCCGCCGGUCCUUCCCCGCUCCUCCUCCUCGGCGGCCGCCGCCCCCGCCUCCCGGCCGCCCCCGCCGCCCCCGCCGCGCCGCCGCCCGAGGCCGAGCGCGGACGCCGAGCGUGGGAGCCAUGGCGCGCGAGGAGGAGAGGGACCCCGAGCGCCGGGAGGCGGCGGCGCGGGCCAGCGGCGAAGAGGAGGAGGAGGAGGGCGAAGAGGGACUGAGCGACAGCGACGACGAGGACGAAGACGACGAGCCCGGCAGCGGCGGGGAAGAGGAAGAGAAGGCGGCGGCCGAGCGGGAGCGCAGCGAGGACGCGCGGCUGCAGCGCGCAGGGUUGCCUCCAGCCGUCGUCCCCGCCGCGGCCGCCCGCGAGAGGAGCGGCCGGCGCCCGCCGGGGCCCCCGCCGGGGCCGCUGCCCUGCCGCCCGAGGAUGCCGUCGCCCGACGACGAGGACCGCGAGCGUCGCCGGAGCCGCCGGAGGGACCUUCUGCUGAGCCAGCUCUGCUUCCUGGCCUUGGUGGCGCUGCUGCUCUGGUCGCUGUCGAGCAUGCAAGAGCAUAAUGACCUCGACUUCAUGGACCUCCUAGGGGAAGACCGACAGUGGACGGUGGGGAGGAAGUUAAUGCAGGUGAAUGACACUCUGACUUCAGAAGAUACAGGACUCCGGAGCAGCAAGAACUGCACUGAACCAGCCCUGCACGAAUUCCCCAAUGACAUCUUCACCAACGAGGAUCGAAGACAGGGGGCGGUCGUUCUCCACGUGCUCUGCGCCAUGUACAUGUUCUACGCACUGGCCAUUGUGUGUGACGACUUCUUUGUCCCCUCCUUGGAAAAGAUUUGUGAGCGCCUGCACCUCAGUGAAGAUGUGGCUGGGGCCACGUUCAUGGCAGCAGGCAGUUCAGCCCCAGAGCUGUUCACAUCCGUCAUAGGGGUCUUCAUCACCAAGGGCGACGUGGGAGUUGGGACCAUCGUGGGCUCUGCAGUGUUUAAUAUCCUGUGCAUCAUCGGUGUCUGCGGGCUCUUUGCUGGGCAGGUUGUGGCUCUUUCCUCCUGGUGCCUGCUGAGGGAUUCAAUUUACUACACGCUGUCUGUGGUGGCGCUCAUUGUGUUCAUUUAUGAUGAACAAGUUUCCUGGUGGGAGUCGUUAGUCCUCGUGCUGAUGUAUCUCAUCUAUAUUGUCAUCAUGAAAUAUAAUGCUUGCAUCCAUCAGUGCUUCGAAAGGAGGACGAAAGGUGCUGGAAACAUGGUCAAUGGCUUGGCCAACAAUGCUGAAAUUGACGACAGCAGCAACUGUGACGCAACUGUGGUGCUACUGAAGAAAGCCAAUUUCCACCGCAAAGCGUCAGUGAUUAUGGUAGAUGAGCUGCUGUCAGCUUACCCUCACCAGCUUUCUUUCUCUGAGGCUGGACUUCGAAUCAUGAUCACCAGCCAUUUUCCCCCCAAGACCCGACUCUCCAUGGCCAGUCGCAUGUUGAUCAAUGAGAGACAAAGACUGAUUAACAGUAGGGCCUAUGCCAAUGGAGAAUCGGAGGUGGCCAUCAAAAUCCCAAUUAAGCACACCGUGGAGAAUGGGACAGGGCCCAGCAGUGCCCCAGACAGAGGCGUGAAUGGGACUCGGAGGGAUGAUAUUGUUGCAGAGGCUGGUAAUGAGACAGAGAAUGAGAAUGAAGACAAUGAGAACAACGAGAAUGACGAAGAGGAAGAGGAGGAUGAGGAUGAUGAUGAAGGACCUUACACGCCAUUCGACCUCCCCUCUGGAAAACUGGAAACAGUGAAGUGGGCAUUCACCUGGCCACUGAGCUUUGUCUUAUACUUCACUGUACCCAACUGCAACAAGCCGCGCUGGGAAAAAUGGUUUAUGGUGACAUUUGCUUCUUCCACGUUGUGGAUAGCAGCCUUCUCCUACAUGAUGGUGUGGAUGGUGACGAUCAUUGGAUACACACUGGGAAUUCCUGAUGUCAUCAUGGGGAUCACCUUCCUGGCAGCUGGAACCAGUGUGCCCGAUUGCAUGGCUAGCCUCAUCGUGGCCAGACAGGGCAUGGGAGACAUGGCAGUAUCCAACUCUAUCGGGAGCAAUGUGUUUGAUAUCCUCAUUGGCCUUGGUCUCCCAUGGGCCCUGCAGACCCUGGCUGUGGAUUAUGGAUCCUACAUUCGGCUGAACAGCAGAGGACUGAUCUACUCCGUGGGCUUACUCCUGGCCUCCGUCUUUGUCACGGUGUUUGGCGUUCACCUGAACAAGUGGCAGCUGGACAAGAAGCUCGGGUGCGGGUGCCUUUUCCUGUACGGCGUAUUCCUGUGCUUCUCCAUCAUGACGGAGUUCAACGUGUUCACGUUUGUGAACUUGCCCAUGUGCGGCGACCACUGACCCACCCGGCCGCCCACCAAGCCUUGGGCCUCCUUUUCUGUGCAAUACGAGAUCCAGCCGCACCCUGAGUCACGCGGGCCGCCCCCGUCCCCGGGGCCGGGGCCUCUGGCUCUCCCGCGCUGGUCACAGGCCUCCGCUCCUGCCUCGGUGGCCAGGCUGUCCCCGCCCCUCCCUGCUCCCCAUCCUCCUCCCUGGGUUCCUCCGGCCCACCCCUUCCCGUCUCCUCCGUGUGAAGACUCUGACAUCCGCGUGAAUUUUCAAGCUCCAUUUUUGAACAGUGACUGAGAUUCGGGGGG